AUGGUGAAGCCCUCUCUCCCCUGAUCUUCUUAGGCUACCGUGGGAUAUGGGUUCAGGGGUUCUUCAUUGGUCUUCUUUUUGUCGUCGCAGGCGCCGAAGAAGGAUAAGGCACCCCCUCCAUCUUCGAAGCCCGCGAAGUCCGGUGGCGGAGGGAAGCAGAAAAAGAAGGUACGGAUCCCGUGGUUGGUAGCGUAGAGUUUGAGGCCGUCUAACCUGGGCUUGCUGCGUUUGAGACUUGUUCUGAUUGUUUGGUGUGUUUUUUCAUGAGCGUAGAAGUGGAGCAAGGGAAAGCAGAAGGAGAAGGUGAACAACGCCGUGCUGUUCGAUCAGGCGGGCUACGACAAGAUGCUAUCGGAGGUUCCAAAGUUCAAGCAGAUCACCCCCUCCGUGUUAUCUGAGAGAUUGAGGGUUCGUGGACAAAAAUUUAUCCACACUUUAGCUCAGAAUUCGAUAAUUUUUCUUACUCGAUAUUUAUAUCUCUAACGCAUUAAGUUCAAUCUCGUAUAUGAUGUUGCAUAUAUGUCUCUUGUAUCCGUAUACAUCUGAAUUUCUUUAAGUCUGUUCUUCGCUUGAACUGUUGCUUGCGUUUUAUUUACUCCCAUGCUUGUGCCAUCAUUAAGAUAUCACUUAUGGAUUCACGCUGGCCCAUGAUGUAAGAGCAACAUUCCCAUCAUCUGGAAUUAUACUCUUUGCUACUGGUAAAGGAAAACGAGACUCCUCAUCUGGUUCAGAAAAUUAUACGAUUUAUACAAGGUUUUUUGAAAGGAUGUUACAUGGAUGGCCGUUGUUCAAUUGAUGCUUUUGUUUUUAAGCAUGGUUAGUAGCUGUUGCACAUAUCAUUCAUCUGCGCAUUAUCAAAACAUUUGCCUUCUAUUUUUCUCGUCCAUGUUUCUAUUUCUCCCUUGUAGCCGUUACCCGAAUUCGCGCAAGUGUGUCCACACCCCCCUGACUUGACGAGGAAUCCAUUCUCGCGAACAAAACACCCCCUACACACACCUAGGAGCACCCCUUCCUGCAUAUCCAUACAAGACCCGAGUAUGCGGGUCGAGGUCCUACGAGGUACCCACUACUCAGAGUACCCUCCCACCAAAAAAAGAUGUGUGGUUCGGUCUUAGCAUCCUUGGGGUUCUGUGUGAAUUACCCUUCUUUUCUUUUGUUUGUUGCCGAGUAGCCUUUCUACUACCACCAUUGUCCAUCUACAGUGCCUUACCAUGUGGGCAAGAGCAGCCUUUUUUAGUAAUAUCAUGCGAUUUUGAGCAUAAUUCUUUGAUGUGAAGAUCAGUUCUCUUCGAUAAUAACUGGAAAACUACCUCCUAUCUAGUUUUUUUUUUUUUUUUUUUUUCCUGCUGGGUUUUCGUUCUCUAUGAUGAUAAGUGAAGACGAAACUAGGAAAGCUAAAAAAUAUCUGAAUUAUUUGUUGAUUAUUUGCUUAUAUUAAUUAUAGCAUUUUUGGGUUUAAUCUGGGAAAUAACUCAAGAUCAUCAUUUUUUUUAUCCGACUGGUUUCAGAUCAGUGGCUCCUUGGCGAGAAAGGCGAUCAAGGAUUUGAUGGCGAGGGGAUCAAUCAGGAUGGUGGCUGCGCAUUCAUCGCAGCAGAUCUACACAAGGGCCACAAACACUUAG